GUGCUCUCACAUCAAUUAAGCGCACUCAUACGGAUUUAUGCAACUUUCUUCGUUUCGUUCUAGAUUACAUUUUAAUCGAUUUAUUACGUGAACCUAUGACAAUCUAUGACCGAACUUUGAAAAUAUAUUAUUGCACAGUCCACAGUGUAUCGCUAUAUCUGUGUUUUUGAAAAUUAAAUUUAUGAACAUGUCCAUGUCCUGGCAAACAAAACACACUAAAAUAUAUACUAAAGCGGCUUUCAUCUGGACUGUUGCAUAAAAGGAUUGAAUGGAAUUAAAAGAACUAUUGAGAACCCUCGCUAUCGUGUACUGCAUAAAGAACACUGCUCAAAAGUGGAUGCAUCACAAAACUAAGGACAAUAUGUAGUUAAAAAAAACAACAACAAUAAAACAAAAAAAAUAACACCAAGAAUUUCAUUGUUUAAUGUUUUGGUUAACCUUUGAAUGAACAAAGCCUCUUUCUAACAGCAAGGGUGGUCAAGGGAAACGGAAGUGUCAUGUAAUUUUCUCAUAUAUAUGUAACUGCGCUUCCCUUAGUAUAAAAACCAAGCAAGAAAACAAAGAAAAACCAAUGCAAUGCGAUCGGAAAGCAAUUUGUGUAAUUUAGCGAAAAUGCCGUACAGUAUUUUAGAUUUAAGGUACAACAAUCAAAAUAAGCUCUUAAGGAUACGCUGCAAACAUCGAGUGAAAAAGGGAUUUGUCAACGCCGACCUUCUUCACAAAGAAAUCCAUCAGCUGAAUAAAUUGUACUCUACAAAUGCUAGUUCUAACCGAACUAAUGUAUUCUAUCUAUCUUUGCUUCUGCUUUUGUACUCAUGUGUACUCAUAAGAGCUUCGACUUCUAUUCCGCCGGAAGAGUCUACUACCAUCAGGGCUGGCUACAACAAUGAUAAUGAUGGAUUGGCUCUUAAUAAGUCUUUGCAUCUGAAUAAGAGUGAUGAAAUUACGUCAUUUAGGAAGGAUGAGAUUUUACAACCAAGUAGGGUAACUCGUGAUGUAUCCCAUGUGCCUGAUGAAGACGAUGAUUCAAGUUAUCGCGAUGACGAAAUGGAUGAGUACGAUUUACUUAUAAAUAAUAAAUCCGCAAAAGGGAAGUAUAUUGGAGCACCUUGCAACGAUUUAAAGUGCGAAGCCAGCCUUGUGCACGUUUCCUGUGACAAAGAAACUCUCUUAUGUGGCUGUGAAAAAAACUAUCCAGUUGUACUUGGAUUAACAAAGGGAUGCGAUAAACCUAAGAAACUUGGCGAGCAAUGUUUUUACCACGAAACAUGCAUCUAUAAUGACGAAAAUUCCCUAUGUGUUCAAGUACGCCACAAUGCGCGCUGCCAAUGUGCUAAUGGCUUUCAUUCAGUCAGCUAUACGAAACCUUCUAGGAGAGUCUUUUGCACUCAAGACAUUGACGAACUAACAUCGGACCUUCCAACACUGUUGGGUGUAUCAACUGGUAUCGCCGUACUAGCUGGAUUAAUUUGCAUGGUCCUGCACUUGUUCAGCAAAACAAAAUACCCUCGCCAUCGGAAUUUCGGUGAUGCCAACCUCCCCCCGCCAAUAAUGUAUUCCAGUGAUACAGGUAUCCCACUCACAGUUCAAUCCGGACGGCCAUCUUCACGUUCUAGCAUGCGUUCGAGCGGAUCGAUCGGUUCCUAUGGCAAUCGGCGUUCAUCGAGCACAAUGCAAUCGGGUUCUGGUGGCGGCUCUAAGGGUAUAUUGGUGUCAACAUCACGAACAGGUGCGGCUAGAUCAGCCGCCAUAUUGCUUAUAUCGUGUCACAUUUCUGCAAUUAGAAAAAACAAAUCCCAAUCAGACAAUGGUGGUGGUGGCGGUGGUAGUGGCGGUAGUGGCGGUGAAGGUGGUGGUUUUGGACUCAAUCAUGAUAGCACAAUGACCAAAUAUUUACAAAAACAAUUGAAUCAUCAAAGGCAGUUACUUAAUUUAGAACUAUCCCCAGCUAAGAACAAUAAUAGAAUUAGACAAAUGUUGGGCAUAAACGGAAUAAAUAAUAGAUCCGAUGAUGACGAAAUGAAUAGUUUAGAAAACGGAAGCCUCCAAAUCGGCGCACUGCCAACCCCAGCCAGUGACACGCCCAGAUUCGCGGUAAAAAGCCUUCCUCUUCUCAAAAUUCAUGAAAACAAAUUUUUCUUUUUCUCUUAAUUUUUUUUAAUUUUUAAUUUUUGUUAACUUAUAAAAUUAAAUAUUACAAACCUUUUCAUUUUCAAAAAAAAAUUAAACAGUAUAUUAACAAAAUUUGGUUCGUCAUGUACUUGAAUUUAGAUCCGUUUGAUUUCUUUUUGUAUUCGAUUUUUGAGAAUAUGCUAGCCACACGUUCAAAAAACUACUGUGCGGCUAGCAUUUUUUUUAAAGAUUUUGUGUUAAGUCUUAUAUUUGUUAGAGACAAUUAUAACUUCUCGUAUAUAUACAUAUAUAGUUUAACAGUGACUCUAAUACUCGUAUAUGUUUUCUAAUCAGUGUUAUGUGUUUUUUUCGUAUAUACGUAUGUAAUAAUAAUUUUUAAAAAAAUUGUUUAUUUUCACCUUUUCCUCUUUUUAUUAUAUACCUACAUUAACCAUAAUUUAUAAUACAUGAUUAUCGAUGUAUACUUACACUACCCUUACAUACAAACACUAUAAUGUUGAUACAUGUAAGCAGUUUAUAUACGAAUGGAGUUUAUUGUUAAUUAUAACCGUAUUAUUUAUUAUUUUAUUUAAAAAAAAAAAUUAAUAACAAUAUAAACCUAAAUGGACAAGUGAUAAUUUCAUUAUAAUAUUUUUUAACUCAUCAAACAUACUAUAAAUACUUCUGCGCAGAUCCAUUAUUAUAUAUAUACCUACAUGUUUUAAAUUUUGACUUUUAACAGAAAUGUUAACACAAGAGCAAUAUGGCGGUGAAUAUGUUUGAAAGGAAUUUUUACGUAUUUCAAAUAUUUUAUCUACUAUCUUUAAAAAAAAAUUGUAAAAAAUAUCAAUUCUUAUAACAUUUUUUGACAUAUUUUUCUAACAUUUUCAACUUUUUUUAAUCACACUUUCAUUUUGGUUUUUUGUAUAUUAUAUGAAAAUACAUUUUGAGCACACUACAUCAACAUUUUGAUUAUGUUUAUAAAAACAAUUCGACAAUACAAGAACUUACAUAUAUUUUUUUUCUGUUAUGAUUUUAAUGCUAUGCAAUUUUAAAUUCACGCGGUUGUGGGCCAACAUCAAGGAGGUUAAAAAUUUUUGUUCUAGAUAUUUUUCACUUAGAUUUCAAGUUUUUUUCUCGUUAAAAGGUAUUAAUAUUAUCUAUCUCCUCAUAAAAUAAGGUU